AUGCUCAGCCCGUCACGCCGUCGGCAGGCCUUCAUCCGAAUUUCGGAGCCUCGCGAGCAGUUCGAGGGCAAAGAGGCGUAUCUGGACGUCCGAGAGCGGCUACGAGAUCGACAAAGAUCGGAGCAAAAUGAGGUGUCGGGCUUCCUACAGCAGAUGCGGGAAUGGGGCUCCGGCAAGAUAGCCAUGGCGUGGCGGACCUACUUUGACUCUGACGGAGACGGUGAGCUGGACUUCAAGGAGUUCUGUGCGGGCCUUGCCAGCUUCGGCUGGAGGGGCAACAUUCCUCAGCUGUGGAAAGAGCUGGGGUACAACGAGAACGGCACCAUGAAUCUGGAGGCUUUAGAUCCGGAGCAUGCUGCGUACCUGGAGGCUUUCAGCCAGUGGUGCUCUCGAACCCGCGGGGGACCUGCAGAGGUUUUUCGGGAAAUUGACCUGGAGGGCAGCGGGACCGUGGGCCAGGGCGAGUUCGUCAAGGGCUUGACGGCUCUAGGGUUCUUCGAGGACGAGACCAUCCCGGAGGGCAUCCGAACAGAGGAGCGUCUUCUCCAAAACCUCUACCCCUUGAUUGUGACGGGUAAGUGCCUCAGAAAGACUUGCAGGAGUUUAGGGCUGACCACGCCCUGCAGUGUUCGAUGA